AAGAUUUGAAUAUUGAAGAAUAUAAAGAAGCCGGCAGUUAUCUACUAGAAUUUACUGCUUCACCAUGUUCCUCAACUACGUCGUAGUAGAUGUCUUCAACACCAGAUUCCUGGGCAACCCACUCGCCAUCGUCUUUGUCCCGGCCAAGAACCGGAGCACCAUCACGCAGACCAUCAAGCAAAAGAUCGCCAUCAAGUUCAAUCUUUCCGAAACGAUUUUCCUCCACGAUCCGGAAAUCAGCUUCCAGGCUAUCAAAUCCCGCGCAAUUGACACAUUCACACCGAAAUGCGAGGUUCCUUUGGCCGGACAUCCAACGAUCGGGACAGCAGCGUAUGUUUUGCGGAACUACGCCGGCGGCUCUGCACUACAAGAACUGGUGACUAAAGCAGUCCCUAUCCCCGUUUCGCAGGACGCGGCAUCUGGUCUUGUGAGCGCUUCAAUCCCAUUCGAAUGUCACGUACACCAGACGCUUGUUGGAUCCAACCUGGUGGGGCUAUCUUUUGUUCUCGCUGAGCUAGCGGGCAUUGAUUCCUUGACGAGUACUUCCUCCGGACUACUUGAAGACUGCUGGAACGUCGGGAUUAUGGGCGAGGGGUGGAACUGCGGCCCUACGGGCACAAAGUAUAUUUUUGUCUCGUGGGAGAAUGCCGGAACUGGCAGUGCGUUCAGUGCCCUUGCGCGCUUGCUGGCACUGAGAGAAGGGAAGGGGCAGGGAAGUGGGCCUUCUCAUUAUCAUAUCGUGCAAGGCAUUGAGAUGGGGAGGACGAAUGAUAUCUACGUUACCGAGGUUAUGCUGCGCUGUGACUCGGUGCUGAUUAGUGAGGGGCGCAUUACAGUGUAG